CAGCAGUGCGAAGCUGAUUGUUUUUGUUGAUGUGAUACGAUUUGAUUGAACCAAGUUUAACUUCGAAAUGUGGAAGAAUAUCCACCAAAUUCGGUGGUUUUGUAGCAAAAGCAAUAAUUUUUCCUUUGUAACAACGCCCAUUUUCUACGUGAAUGCAGCUCCUCACAUCGGCCAUCUCUACUCGGCAGUCAUCACCGAUACCAUCCAUCGAUUCAACAGUCUCCUGAACCCUGGCGUUCAGUCGAUUUUCUGCACCGGCACCGAUGAACAUGGAACAAAGAUCCAGCAAGCUGCCGCCAGCCAUUCCGUUCCCGUAGCCACGUACUGCCAGCAAAUAUCCGAUCAGUAUCGUAAUCUGUUCGAGAAUUUCAAUAUCUCCCACACCCGGUACAUCCGAACGACCGAUCAGGAUCACUCGUAUGCAGUUCAAAGCUUCUGGAAAGCAUUGGAUCGAAGUGGCAGCAUCUAUUCGGCUCAGUACUCCGGCUGGUACUGCGUCCCAGACGAGACAUUCCUAACCGAUAGUCAACUGAAAGAGAAUGAUCAGGGCGUUAAGGUUUCGGUCGAAUCCGGACAUCCGGUCGAAUGGACGGAGGAAACGAAUUUCAUGUUCCGAUUGGAUCGACAUCAGGACGAUGUACUGUACUGGAUCAAAGGUUGCGAAGAUCGUAUAGUGCCGAUCAAGUUCCGAAAGAUUCUGCUGGACUUUUUACAGGAACGGCUUCCAGAUAUUUCUAUUUCGCGACCUAAAUCUAGAGUUUCGUGGGGGAUUGACGUUCCCUCCGAUCCCUCUCAUACAGUGUACGUGUGGUUAGAUGCCUUGGUGAACUACCUAACGGUGAGUGGUUAUCCUCAGCCGGAAUUCGCGCGGCGAUGGCCACCAACGGUUCAGGUUCUUGGGAAGGAUAUUCUCAAAUUUCAUGGAAUCUACUGGCCAGCAUUUUUGAUUGCAGCAGGGCUGGAGCCUCCACGGCAGCUGCUGGUGCAUUCCCAUUGGACGGUGGAUAGUCAAAAAAUGUCCAAAAGUAAGGGAAACGUAGUGGAUCCCAAUGAACGGGCAACGUUGUAUACACAUGAGGGAAUCCGCUACUUUCUACUGAGGGAAGGUGUGGCUCAUAGCGAUGGAAACUAUAGUGACACGAAGAUUAUGCGCAUUCUCAACGCGGAGCUGGCGGAUACGUUCGGUAAUCUACUUUCAAGGUGCUGCGGGAAGGUCCUCAAUCCGGAAGCGGUAAUUCCAGUUGUUCACCAGGAUUUGUUUGACACGUUAAACAAGCUUGACGUCACGAAAAAGAUGCUGGAACUGCUGAACGAUCUUCCAGCAAAAUGCCUCUUCCACUAUCAACAGUACAAUUUCUAUCUGGUAGUGGACAGCGUGAUGCAGGUUCUACACGCGUCGAAUAACUUUUUCGAAACGACUGCUCCCUGGAAGCUGAAGAAGCCGGAGGAGAAGGCUCAGCUGCAAACCAUUCUCGGCAUGACAAUGGAAGUUUUGCGCCAUGUUGGCAUCAUUCUGCAGCCGAUCGUUCCCACCAUGAGCGGUAGAUUGUUGGAUAAGUUGAACGUUGAACGGAGUCGUAGGUCGUGGACGGAUUUGAGAUUGGAUUUUGCAAAAGUGGAGCGACCUCUAGCGGAUACGGAUGCGGUGCUGUUUAGGAGAAUAAUUCCGCCGAAAGAGGAACCAGUGGUCCAAGAGCCGAAAGCGAAAAAAGUGAAAAGGAAGAAUUGAAUGUGGAGGAGACUUGAAUAGAGAUGAACUACUGCACGGUGUGUAAUCAAACGAUUCCUUGAAGUUGAGAAAAUAUCCUGGUUUUCUUCCAAAUCAAAUGAACUUUUAAAUGCACGAGCAUGUCGUUCCUAUAGUUUUAUUAAGUACACUGAUGCUAUUGUACAACUAUAAAGUUUUAUUAGUUUUUGCAGCCUUAUGAAGCUGUUUGCAUGUGUAUAAUAUUUGUUCAUGUUCAGAUCUUAGGACAUCAAUAUUGAUAUAUGGUAAACAGUUCCACAACUUCGCUGCCUUCCGGGUGCAGUGACUGCGCGCUGUAGCAAAAUAAAUUCUCUCUUAUUAGACAAAACGCCUAAGCUACCCUUAAAU